AGCACGUGCAUCGUUAAACGCAAACAAACAGGCGGCAUUGUCAGCUAUGGACAAAACACUGGUAGUUAGAUAGUUUAGCUUUCUGUCGCACGUACACAGCAGAAGUUACUGUUGCACAUUUCAGAAGAUUUAAAGGGAAGGUAGGAGAAAAAUGAGAGGCCAAUCAGACUCACAAUUUUAGAACUAACCCUUUCGGGAGUCCCUCCCUCCACUGUCCCGGCGAAGCAGAGUUGUUCAGUAUAUGCCCAAUCGUCAGAGGGACUAUGGUGGAAGGCUGGUAAAGAUGGCGGCUCUCUCCGAGGAUGGGAGGUACGGACUGAAUUGUAGCCGACGGAAUGCGAGCAAAAUCACAGUAUUGCACGUAAAACUGACGGAGACAGCCAUACGAGCGCUAGAAAACUACCAAAACUGUAAGAAUGUACCGUCCUCGCAGCCAACUAUACAUUUCCAGGGACUUCAAGGGCGUAUUAAGAUUCCCCGGAUGGACGCCCCUGACAGCGCUAACUUUGAUUUCUACUUGUCAAAUGUUGGCAAGGAUAACCCUCAGGGCAGCUUCGAGUGUAUCCACCAGUACAUGUCCAGUUCUGGCACCCCGCACCUGGCGUCUCUGGGCACGAUACAGGACAAGAUCACUGUCUGUGCCACCAGCGAGUCCUAUCAGGUGACCCGCGAGCGCAUGACUCAGGUCGAGGAGGACUCGCGCAAGAAGAGCACCAAAGUCAUCAAGCCCGGUGGCCAGUUCAGAGGUAAAACCGUUCAGAUGCGCAAGCCGGCGCCCUCUGCCCCGGACCCAGUCCCCGAGCGCAAGCGCUCCACGCCCAUCAACCCAGCUAGCACUAUCCGCAAGUGCCUGACCAACAACCCGGUAGCGCAGCGGCCGUACCGGGACCGCGUGAUCCACCUGCUGGCCCUGCGUUCCUACAAGAAGCUGGAGGUGCUGGCGCGCCUGCAGCGCGACGGGGUCAGCCAGAAGGACCGCAGCUCGCUGGGCAGCACCCUGCAACAGGUGGCCAACUUGAACCCCAAGGACAAUUCCUACUCUCUAAAGGACUUCAUCUACCGCGAGGUGCAAAGGGACUGGCCCGGCUACAACGAAGAUGAGCGCACGCAGCUGGAGCGGCUUCUGACCCGGAAGGGUAUUCUGCCGGAGAGCCUGCCAUCCACCAGUCCGCCGAAGGAGUCAGUCCCCACGUCCCCACAGAAACGCCAGCUAGAGGGUGACUUCAUCGACCCUUUGAUGCCCAGGAAGCCGCGCAUCUCCCACCUCUCCAGCCGAGCCCCCCCACCCCCUCCUCCCCCCGCCUCCCUCUCCUACUCCACCCCCUCCUCCUCCUCCUCCUCUGACCGGCGCUCCAGCGCGGCGCCUCCGCCCCCUCCCCCCUCGGCGGCCUGCCCCGGGCCGGCCGCCUCCGCCUCCUCGUCCUCGUCCUCGUCCCGCCCGCCGCCCACCGGCUCCACCUCCAACUCGCCCAGCACGCCCGAGGGCCGCGGCUCGCAAGACCUGCCCCUGGACCAGAGCUCCACCUGCGCCGAGGCGGCCGACCGCUACGACCGCCCGCUGCUGCCGCUGCCGGCGUCCGCCGCCUCCCGCGCCCACUCGCCCAGCCCCCCCCCCCUCCUCCGUCAGGCCCGCCCACGCGCCUCCUCCGCCUCCUCUGCCGCCCACGCGCUCCCCCACGCCCGCGCCUCCCCCGACAGCGGCGUCAGCAGCAGCAGCAGCAAGAAGCCCAAGAAGAAGUCCAAGAAGCACAAAGAGAAGGAGCGGGAGCGAGAGCGCGGGAGGGAGGAGAAGAGGGAGAGGAGGAUAGAGGAGCGGAGGGAGGAGGAGAAGGCCACGGUGGUGGUGGUGACCACGGAGGAGGACGAGAGGCCCAGGAAGAAGCACCGCACGGAGGAGAAGCACACGCCGGCCCACAGGAGUCCCAGCUCCGAACACGAAGAUGGGAAAGACAGGACUGUCCACUCCACAGAAGUGUCCAGUGCACCACUCGCCCCAGACUACAUCACUAAGUACCCAGCAGUGGUGUCUACGGACCAGAGGCAGCGCUACAAGGACGACUUCAACUCCGAGUACGACGAGUACCGCGUGCUGCACGCCCGGGUGGACGGCAUCAACCGCCGCUUCACCCAGCUGGACGCCCAGUGCCGCCGCCUCACGCCGGGAUCCAAAGAGUACCAGGAGGUGCACGAGGAGGUGCUGCAAGAGUACAAGAAGAUGAAACAGCACAACCCAAACUACUACGAGGAGAAGCAGCGCUGCGAGUACCUGCACAACAAGCUGGCCCACAUCAAGCGACUCAUCGCAGAGUUCGACCAGCGGCGGGCCCAGUCCUGGCGCUAGCGGGCGGUGGCGAGGAUGGGGGACGGGGGGGGGGGGGGGGGGGGCGGGGGGAGUGCCAGGGGACCACUACACUGGGAUGCCCAAACCUUCAUUUCAAAGUGUGAGAGCGAGGCGGGGGUGAUAUGGAAGAGGUAAAAAGAACUCCCUUCCCUCCGUGACCUCCCCCCCCCCAAAUACACCUCCUCCUCCUGCCUCACACACUCUCCUUUGGUCUGUAAGAUGCCUCCCCACCCCACACUCCUUCCUCUUUUCUCUAUUACUCGUUCUCAUCCCAAAGGUACUGUUGCCAUGGCAAUGGCGGAGGAACACCCCUGUGAUGUCAUCAUAGAGAUGGGAGUUGGUGGAGCUUCACUCUGCAAAUCUUUUUGAAGGACUAUACAAGAGAAAAAAAAAACCUAUAUGAAAAAAAAUUAAACUUAUUUUUUUCGAAAAGCAAAAAAAGAAUAUAUUCUAUCUGUAGCUACCUGUAUUUUGAGAGAAGAACGGAGGAAAGAGAUGUAUUUAUUUUUUGUUUUUGGAGCAAAGAGGAGAAGGAAGGCUACAAUGGAGGAGUGUUGCCAAGCGACCCACAUGUCCAGCGCAAUCUCUCUGUUAGAAUCAUUUCUUUCCUCAGAGCAAUGCAAUACCUGCAGGCCUUACCUGAUCAGGGGACUUCCUGAAGCCUUUUGCACAGGAGAGGGUAUGCGAUGUGAUAUGGUAUAUAUAUGUGUGUGUGUGUGUGUGAGAGAGAGAGUGGGUGGAUGGGUGGGGUGGCAACUAGGAGCCCAUUAGCCCCCAACACAGGUGGCUUCUGGAACCAUGACCCCUGACAUUAGAUGCCGUCAGGAAGCUGCAUCAGUAUUUAGGCCUGGUGAGGGGUGUGUGUGUGGGGGGGGGGGGGGGGGAAG